CUCCCUAACCUCUCCUCCAAUAUCAACGUGCAGAGACGCAUUAGCUCAAAGUCAAAAAGGAAGUAGUCGUGUGUGUGCAAGCGCGCGGGAUGACUCAGAUUUAAUGAUGACAUUAUAUUGCGGGAUUCGUGGUCGUUCUCAUGUAGCACUGUAUUUCCCUUACAAUAAAGCAAUGGCCUAAUCUUACCACCUUUUAGGCAUUUCCAGACAGGAACAUUUCUAAAGAAUCUUGAACAGGUUUAACCAUAAUAUAAAAAAAGCAGGAAAUGAACAGACGUAUAGGCUCUGUGGUGAAUUGAAUAACAUUUGCAUACGAGCUAUAAUUUCUCAAAUGAUCUCAAAUUGAACAAAAAUAGCGUUAACUCCGGGUACAGCGGGGUUAGUGUUACAUUUGAAAUCAAGCCUGGACUUUUUUUUUUAAGUCAAACAAAUACAGGCGGACAAACUCUGUAUUUAUUGCCUCCUAAAACAGUAACCAUGAUUUUAGAUUAAAACAUAUGGUGUGUUUUGUAGUGUCGUCACCGCCGACGUGUUUUUGUGUCGCAGAAAUCCCCGGGAAUAAAAGCAAGUAGAUGAGCAGCCCGAAAGAGAAAUAAAUACAAGGACUCGUUUCCUCAUUUUCAUCAGUCACUCGGUUGCAGGUUGACACAUGACGUCAGUGCAUAUAAGCAAUACUUGAUGGAAGAUUUAUCAAUGAGCUCUGAGCAUGUUGUGACUACAGAGCUGUGACGUUUGUGGGUGGGGAGCAUUUUGAUAAAAGGGCACGUGUGGGUUGAAGGGACUCCAGUAACUGCAGCGCAUAGAAGUAAACUUACGAGAUGAUCUGGACCAUUUUUCUGCUUUUCCAAGCUGUGCUGCUGUAUUUUAUUCUCACACACAGAAAAAGAUCCAAGAGCGAGCCACCUCUAGACAAAGGAGUGAUCCCAUGGUUAGGCCAUGCACUUGAAUUUGGAAAGGAUGCUGCCAAGUUCUUGAACCGAAUGAAGCUGAAACAUGGGGACAUUUUCACAGUACGUGCUGCUGGACGCUAUGUGACGGUGCUGCUGGAUCCUCACUCAUACGACACAGUCAUCAACGACUCAGUCUCUCUGGACUUUAGCCGCUAUGCUCAGGUGCUCAUGGAGAGAAUCUUCAACCUGCGGCUCCCGCACCACCAGCCAUCAAAAGAAAAAGCAAUGAUGAAAAAGCACUUCCUGGGAAUGAAUUUGCCCGCCCUAAACAGCACCUUAAGCAGCCACCUGCAGGUCCUGCUGAAAACCGAGAUUCCUCAGAACCAGAAAGACUGGAAAGAGGAGGGACUGUUCGACUUCUCUUACAGCUUACUAUUCAGGGCGGGGUACCUGACCUUGUUUGGAGGAGAGCAGAACAACAACAACACAGAUCCCUCACACGUCUACGAAGAGUAUAAGAAGUUUGAUGGUCUAUUAACCAAGAUGGCGAGAGGCACACUGAACCCAGAGGAGAAGAGGACAGCCCAGAGUGUUCGGCACAAACUGUGGGAGCUUUUGGCUCCAGCAGGUCUGACUGAGGACUCGGGGUCGAGCCCCUGGCUUCAGUCUUAUCGGCAACUCCUGCAGGAGGAGGGUGCUGACGAGGAGACGCAGAGGAGGGCUGUACUGAUGCAACUCUGGGCCACACAGGGUAAUGUUGGUCCUGCUGCAUUUUGGCUCUUGGGCUACUUGUUGACAAACCCUGAAGCUCUGACAGCGGUGAAGACGGAGAUGGACACCUUGAAGACAUCUGUGCAGAAUGCACCUGUGGACACUGCUGUGUUUGACAGUGCCUUGGAAGAGACACUCAGACUCACUGCUGCCCCCUUCAUCACCAGGGAAGUAGUGCAGGAGAAGACUCUUCGUAUGGCUGAUGGCCAGGAGUAUCUGCUGAGGAAAGGAGACAGGGUGUGUUUGUUUCCUUUCAGCAGCCCUCAAAUGGACUCUGAGAUCCACCAUGAACCGCAGAAAUUCAAAUACGAUCGCUUCCUGAAUGUCGAUGGAUCAGCAAAGAGAGAUUUUUAUAAAGCAGGGAGGAGGCUGAAAUAUUACACCAUGCCGUGGGGCGCGGGAGCCAAUGGCUGUGUGGGAAAGCACUUUGCCAUCAAUACCAUCAGACAGUUUGUUUAUAUGGUGCUGUCCAACUAUGAUUUGGAGCUGUGUGACCCACAUGCUGGUAUGCCGGAGGUAAACGCCAGUCGGUAUGGAUUUGGGAUGCUACAACCAGAGCGGGACCUGCUUGUCAGAUAUAAACCCAGACAUGCACAAUAGGACUCCAAAAGAUAUGCAGAACAAGCAUUUUAUGUACAUUUCAACAAGCAUAUUGUUUAUAAUGUAAAUAUGUCCUUUGUACUUUUGUAUUCUAUAUUCUAUUUUUUUUUUACAGUAUGUAAUUAUGAUGUUAUUUAUCAAUAAAUGUAACUUAUACCCUG